AUGGGAGGCGUUUUCAUAGCUACAUUAGUUGGCUUGUUGAUAGCGUUGAUUACACUUGCUUUUGAAGUCGACUAUUUUAAACACAAACGAGCCAAGGUAGCUGAAGUUAGUGUUGUUAAUAACACCGUUCAUAAGGAUAAACUGGUGUACGGUCACGAGUUAUUCGUGACAUUAGACAGGAACUCAAAUUUAGAUGAUCAAACACGUUGGGCAAACAAGAUCAAGCUAGAUUCAACUAUGGGCUGACAAAACAAUGCAUUAUUCUUUCGUA